CCUCUAUAUAUAGGAAGAUGAUGAGGAGAGUAAUGCCAUAGCAGCUGAGAGAGAGAGAGAGAGAGGAAGAAAUAAUGGCACAAGUGAUGAAGCCAGUGGGGGAAGAGAUCAAGGCGGCGGAUGGUAGUGGUGGGAGCGGAUCUUCGGACGCUGCGGGGAUAGGACAUAUAACCAUUGACUUAAUAAAAAAAACUGACGGAGAUUCAGAUUUCAAACUUGGGAGGUUCUUGGAGGAGCCGGAUUCACAUAAGUUCCGCUGUCCUAAUUGCAAUGCUUGCAUCGAAAAUAUUAAUGUCGUUCGUCGGGGAGAACCGGGGCCAAUAAUACCAACAUAUCCUGGUGAUCCUCGGGGGCCAAUACCAACAUAUCCUGGUGAUCCUCGGGGGCCAAUACCAACAUAUCCUGGUGAUCCUCCCGAGCCAAUAACAACAUAUCCUGGUGAUCCUCCCGAGCAAAUAACAACAUAUCCUGGUGAUCCUCCCGAGCCAAUAAUAUGCGCCUCCUGCAGCAGCUUUCUGGUUUUCAUAGGGAAUAAACUCACCGCUAUGUGUAACCCGCAGCGGCAGCCGCAGCCUGAGCCUGAGCCUGGCGUACCUGCAAAGAAAUGGGACAUUCUAAAAAGCAUUGUGUAUGGUGGUUUACUAGAAUCAAUUGCAAGCCUCACCGUUGUAACAUCUGCAGCCGGUGCUGAUGCUACCGCAUUGAAAAUUUUAGCUUUGGGAUUGGCGAAUCUGAUUGGUGGACUCUUUGUGAUUGGACAUAAUCUUAUGGAACUUAGAAAUGAAUCAAACGAUCAAUCUGGAGGGUCUAGUACUGCUAAUGAAGAAACGGGUCGUUAUCACCGAGAACUGGGUCUAAAAGAGAAUUUCAAACGUCAUGCAACAGUGGCCGUGUUGUCAUUUCUCCUUUUCGGCUUGGUGGCUCCUGUGACUUACAGCUUCUCAUUUCUUAAGAGCGGCAACAAGGAUCUCAAGCUCGUAGCAGUUGCAGCAGCUUCUCUGGUGUGCAUCACUGUGCUUGCUAUUGGAAAAGCUUACACCCAAAAGGCAUCCGGUUUUUUUGGGUACAUCAAAACCGUGUCGUCUUUUGUUAUUCCCGGGUUUAUGGCAUCAGGAGUGUCUUACGUAGUUGGUGAUCUAAUCAAGAAGCUCUUGGAGAAGCUGGGUUUGUUUGAGUCAAGUUCAGCUUUCACCCUGUCCCUUCCUGGGACUGCAACACCAGAAUCCGGAUGGGGAUUCUAUUGAGGAGUGCUGCAAGUUGACUGUUAAAUCUAGAGGAUCCAACCAAUAAAUUAAUGAUUGGGACUGAUGGUAGUUUCUUCUCAGUUUCCACCUACUUUUCACUUGGCUUAUUGUAAGACCUAUUUGCCUUGCGAUCUUUACGUCUAGAUUUUAUUAGCUUGUGAUUUAUUUGUUUAGAGGACGAGAAACAUGAGCAACCCUGGAUGCUAGUGAUUUAAUUUUUUUGCUGAAAAUUUGCUAUUUUUCUUUUAA